AUGUUGUUCAGAGUUUUUACAGUUCUUGCGCAUACAAAAAAUUAUAAUCCUCUUCGAUUACCGUUCUCUGCUAUUUUAAAUCGAAAUCAAAAACAUUUUCCGAAACAUUUUAAAUUAAUAAAUUUACGUCAUUUCUCCGAAUCAAAACCUUUUUAUUAUUCGGAAAUUGUAGAAACGGUUUCAACGAAUUCCGUACGUACAACGGAAAAAACAUCUCAAAUACCACAAAUACUACCACAAAUACAUUAUGGCAAAUUAUUCUUUGAUAAUACAUAUCCUUUGAAAAUAGGAUCAUUCGAUUUUCGUCAUUAUUUUGUAAGGUCAAAUAAACCACGAUUAGAAAGAAAAUUAAAAUCUGGUAAAUGGAUUCCAUUAGAAAGUAUAAUGCCAUAUAAUUUUAAAGUUGAAGGAGUUACCCCUAGGAAAAAGGAAGGAGGAAUGUUACUUGAAUUUUCAUAUCAAAUUAAUCCAUCUCAAAAGACCAAAGCACUUGAUGAAAUAAAUAAAUUAGUUAAUGAUCAUUUAGUUGAAAAUAAUAUUGUACCUUGGUUUAAUCCUAGACCACAAAGAGCCUACAUUGGAGAACCUUUUGUUGAAGAUUUAUCUCUAUAUCCUUCCAGACCGUAUGGAUUAAUAAGACACAUAUUUUUAGUACCUAGUUCAUCUAAAGAAACUCCCAGAUAUGCCACAAUAAUUUAUAAAAAAAUGCGAUCAGCAACCAGUGCUAGAUAUUGUGUUGAUGGAAUAUCUGUUAAUAGUACAAAAUUUGAUAUUUUCUAUGAAACUCCUUUGAAGACCAAUGUGUUCUUUAAUUGGAUUGCUUCACAUCCAAGAAUUUCGGCUCCAAUUAUUGCCGCGUUACUUGCUGGAAUUUCAUAUAUCAUAUUUGAUCCAAUUCGAAUAUUUCUUAUUGAAUCAAAUAUUACUCAACGGUUUGAUAUUAAGGAAUACAAAAUUUAUGAAAUUUAUAAAUGGCUUAAAAAAGAAACAUAUGAAAGAUUUAAGAAUCAAGAUAUUAAACUAGAAGAGGAUACAUUAGCUUGGAAAGAGAGAGAACAAGAAGAAGAAAUAUUAAAAAAAUGGUUGAAUGAACCUCCAGAAACUUUUAUUAUUGUAUCUGGUCCAAAUGGAAGUGGUAAAAGUAAAUUCAUUGAUCGAGCAAUACAUAAUAAAAAAAAGAAAAUUAUUAUAAAGUGUGAUGAAAUUCGUAUUUCUCACAAUGAAAAUGAAUUUGUAUUGAAAUUAGCAAAACAAGUUGGUUACAAGCCUAUGUUCUUUUCCUUAAUUUAUUUGUCUAAUUUAAUUGAUGGAUUAGCAAGCGCUGUUACUGGUCAGAAAACUGUUGGAUUUUCUUCAACAACCGAUUCAGAAAUUGAAAAAAUUCUUAAUGCAUUAGAAAUUGCAUUAUAUAAUAUUGCACCUGAUGUAUUUAAAGUUAAAGUAAAAUUGUCUCCCAAGUCAGAUCUUUAUGCCGAACAUAUUUAUCAUUCUUAUGAUCCAGAAGAUAUCCCUGUUCUGGUUAUUGAUUCCUUCAUUUCUAAAAAUGCUCAAGAAAAUAUGGAAUUAUGGGAUCAUUUGGCUCAAACGGCGGCAAGAUUGGUAGAAAAGAAAAUUGCACACGUAGUAUUCGAAAGUUCAGUUACUGGAAUU